UCAAAAUCUUGCAUCCAUCAAAAACCCCAACACCCUACACUUUUCCAGUCACUUUUAUCUACUUUGCUCAGGCACUUUCAUCUCAUUUACUCAUCUGACUCACUCUUUGUUGUGAUAGUUGCGUGUUCACGCGCUUUAGUAACACUCACUGUGUGGAUUAAUUCCACUAUGGGUGAAAGGUUAACUAUAAACAUGAUCACUCCCAAUGCAGAAGAAUGGACCUGUAAGAUCCAAGUAAUUGAUAAAAGUCGUCCCAAAGACAACAAAGAGAAAACCAAAAAAUAUCAACUCAUGACUUUACAGGAUGAAGAAGAAAAUCAAGUUCAGGCCAUCAUGUUCAACGCUGAUAUAACGCAUUUUGAAGAUCUAUUUGAUCCUUUCCACACUUACUUGGUGUCAGUUGCACAAGUGAAGGAGUCAUCUUAUUUAUAUGCAAAUCCACUUAAUAAAUUCAUUUGGAUAAUUGAUAGAAGCACCAUUGUUGAGCCAAUUGAAAAGGCCACUCCUCCUGAGGAUCCAUUACCCCGCCAACGCGGCUAACUAUCACAGCCUUUGACAUUUUCGAGUAUCAACCUAAAGAAUCUGAAUUUGGUAUUUAAAGAUUUAAUUAUCUAUAUUUGUGCAUAUACAAUCCAUUUAUUAUACAUUCUCAAAAAUCUUUUUAAUAUUAUGACACAAUGAUUUUCAUAAUAUAUUAACUUCUUGUUUCUUUUUUGGGUUUAA